UACAAGUGCUAAUUCCGCCAAAUUGCAAGAGAAAUCGUGUUAUUUCUUGUUAAUAAUGUACAUAAAAAAAAUCACGGAAGGUCAAGACGGACGAAACUUUGAAAGCAUGCGCGCUAAUUUGCACAAGUGUUACAACUUUGCACUUGUGUGACAUGAGAAUGCACUCGUUUUCAGCCAAUCAGAAGCGCGUAAUUUUUCAGGUACAUUAUUACCAUUUUAAAUUAACUUUUUAAUUUGGAACCCUUGACUCGGCUUGUUUAUCAAGCAACUAUGGAUUCUAUUGGUCAGUUCUUCGUUUGAGGGAGGUCCUAUUUUAUUUUUGAGAUAAUGAUUCUGCUUACGUCAUUUCAUUUUCUCCCCCAAUUUCCAUAUACAGCUUCUCGAUAUACGUCAAACGUAAUUACAGUGUAAAGGGGCAGAUUCACCGAAACACUUCCACUUUAACAGCUGCUUGCGCAAUAACAUGAACAUGUUUAUGAAUAAGAGUUAUUUCCUUGUCUCAUGUUGUUGAACCUAAUUGAAAAAAAGGAAACAAAAUUGUGCUAAAUUUUGCUUUUUGCCUCUACAGCAAACGCUGUCGGAAUUUGUUAUGCAACAGUAAUUAUCCAGUUUCCUUCAGGAUUUUAACUUUUUUUGUUGCCAUUGGAAACAGACAUAUGACAUGGUUAUCGAGGGCGACUGUAGUCGAAUCAUGUUCACCUAAGGAAAAGCUUUACCGACUGAGUGGGUCAUGAAAUACUAGCCUGUUUGAAAUAAGUAAAGAGGUGAACAAAUUUCUUUCAACAUGGGAAAUGGAGUUUCGGGCAAAGCGUCGGCAAAUCUCAAAACCAUUUAUCUUGAAGUGGACGGGCGCAAACAAAAGGUCGUUUUCUCAAAGCACAGUAGUUCUCGGGAUAUCAAAGAUCUUCUAGCUUCAGCCGUUGGAGUGAGUCGAUGGUCCAACAUGAUGUUGAAGACACAAGAUGGAAGCACUGUGUGUAUUGAGCCGAAUUUACCGUCGAAUACCGCACGAUCACCUUAUCGUGUUGUAGUUGGUGCCAUGGACAAAAAGCACGGAGACGAAGAGGUCUUUGCAAAUGUGCUCAGCCAAGUUGCUGAUAAGUUUAUCAGUACCUUCACAGUGUCCCAGCUGAAGUCCGAAUUGGCCAAACAACUGUCGCAUUUGGAAAGAAAAGUAGAAGCUGAGGCAUUGAAGGCAAUUGAAAUGCAGCACUUGAGUGCAGAGAUCACCGAGAUAAGGGAACAAAUACGUCAAGACAGAAUCACUUGGCAAGCCAUCAAAGACAAUGUCAAGACAAACAAGAAUAAUAAAAGGAACAUCAGCAUUUCACGACCAAUGCCCAACUUUGUCAAGUAUACCUUGUCUCAAACAACGGUAGAGCAGUUGAAGGAACCAAUUUUCAACAUAUGGCACUGGGAACCUAAUGAGAUGUUGUCACUCAUGGAACAUAUGUACCAGGAACUUGGACUAAUCGAUGACUUUGGAAUCAACUCAGUUGUUCUAAGGCGUUUCUUGGUAUCAAUUCAACAAAACUACCGAAACAAUCCUUUCCACAAUUUUCGUCAUUGCUUUUGUGUCACUCAGAUGAUGUUUUGCAUCGUCCAUCUGUGUAACCUAAAAGACUUGCUUUCAAAAAUGGACCUGCUUGUUCUUAUGACCGCCUGCAUUUGCCAUGACCUCGAUCAUCCGGGAUUUAACAACACUUACCAGAUCAACGCCCAGACGGAGCUUGCCAUUCGUUACAAUGACAUCUCACCUUUGGAAAAUCAUCACGCAGCCAUCGCGUUUGAGAUAAUUAGUCAGCCGGACUGUAACAUAUUUGCCAACCUUAGUAAGGAGGAUCAGAAGAAGAUUCGGCAGGAAAUUGUGAUGCUGAUCCUGGCCACCGACAUGGCUCGGCACAGUGAAAUAGUGGAGAGAUUUAAGAGUAAACUGGACACCUUUGAUUUCAGCAACGAUGAUUACGUUAGUUCGCUCAAGAUGAUUCUUAUAAAGUGUUGCGACAUUUCAAAUGAAGUUCGUCCAAUAGAUGUAUCUGAACCUUGGGCGGACUGUCUUCUUGAAGAAUACUUCAUGCAGAGUGAUCGAGAAAAAGCCGAGGGUCUGCCUGUGGCUCCUUUCAUGGACCGUGAUAAAGUCAGUAAACCGACCGCGCAGAUCGGCUUCAUCAAGUUUGUGCUGAUUCCGCUGUUUGAGCUGUUGAACAAGUUGUUUCCUCAAGUAGCUCCUGUUAUGAUUGUGCCUCUACGGGAAGCCUACGAAAACUACGAAAGAAUGCGCAUUGUGGAGGAAGAAGUUAAGGCUGCCACGGCCGACUUCCCUGAAGAUUCAAGUCCUCCUGAGAAAAGUGUGGAUAGUAGCAAAGGUAAAGGAGGGUGGAGUCCGUCAAAGGGCAAGUCGAACUUAAUGGGUGUGUCCAAGGAAAUACGAGAGAUAUUCCACGACCGCAACAAGGAGAGUAAACAAACGGAAAAAGAGCAGGAGAAACUGGCCCGCAACACCAACAAAAAGCAGGAGAAAAAGGAUGAAGCCACAGAUUGCAGUCCGUCAGGAAGCGAAGACAAAUAGAUGGUCUACACUUGAGACUUGACGAUGAAAAUUUGAUCUAUUUUUCCAGUAUAUUUAACUCUAAAAGAUUUAAUUAGCGACCCUGAGAUCGUUUUAUUCGGCUGAUUUUUUCCCACGAGAUAGACCAGCGGCGUGGUGGGGGAGGACAUGAAGCGCUUUAAAUCAGACCAAGGGUUGUUGUUAUU